UUUCUCCACUCUCUGGCUUGCACCAAUGAGGGGGAAGGGGUGGAGGGAGGCCACGCAUCCGGCGCAGGGUUACUGCCAGUGGCAGCCCCGGGGCGGCGGAGAGCUCAGCUCGGCUCGCUCCGGAGCUCGGCGGGCGGACGCGGGCAGCCCGGAGACACGUGUGUUUCUGCAGAGUAAUGUUCGCUUAACCAAGAGCCAUGUCGCUGUAUCUGAAACACUUCACUGUUGUGGGAGAUGACCCCGCGCAGUGGGGCAAUGACUACAAGAAAUGGGAGGAAGAGCAGGUGGAGGAGGAAGGUGGGCAGAAGCCGGAAGAUUCAACGAUUAACAUGAAUUCCUCAAUCAGACCUCGUUCCUUUCAGGACAUGAUGAAAAAGCUCUUCAGCUCCCGCAAAUUUCAGAUAUUGAUUGUUUGCUUGGUCAUUUUGGAUGCUUUGUUGGUGCUCGCUGAAUUGCUUCUGGACUUGAAAAUCAUCCACCCAGACAAACAUGAAAUAGCACCAAAGGUAUUUCACUACCUGAGCCUUUCUAUUGUAACCCUCUUUUUGGUGGAAGUUGGGUUUAAAAUAUUUGUCUAUCGCCUGGAAUUCUUUCACCACAAGUUUGAAGUCCUGGAUGGAAUAGUGGUGGUGGUUUCGUUUAUCAUCGAUGUCGUCCUUCUGUUUCGGGAACAUGAAUUUCAAGCGGCUGGACUAUUGAUCCUACUCCGACUGUGGCGAGUGGCCAGAAUUAUAAAUGGAAUAAUUUUAUCAGUAAAGACACGCUCUGAACAAAGGGUGUCGAAGCUGAAGCAAGCAAAUCUGCAACUUGCUACAAAAGUCGAACAACUGGAAUACAGCUGCACCGAGAAGGAGCAAGAAAUCGAAAGGCUCCACAAGCUGUUACAACAGCAUGGACUUGUCCGCCAGCCCCAAUAAAAGACUGGCGGUCUAGGGCGAGGGAAAUCCGUCCCUGAGGAAGUUCCAGUGCAAAAAAUGCUGGUUUGACCAUCCCUUGUUGACCUCUAAGAUACUUUAUAUACCUCCGUGCUCUCUUGUAUAGUAUGGUCUAGAUGUAGUUUCUACUUUACUACCCCUGAGAUUUAAUCAAGAGUCUGGCUUAAAGGUGUUGUUGUAAGACUACCUGUACACUACAGGAGCUUUGCAACAGAUUAUUGAAAAAUUAAACACGCAUUCUCCCUUAAACAAUGUAUUGCAUAAACCUUUAAUUGUAGAGCUGUACAGUGAAUGCUGCACCACAUGUAAUAAAGUCAGAUAUUUACAAA